AUGAGUUCCCUCAAUCCUGAAGCAGUCAACGAUUAGUCGAUUGAUUCGUCGGAUCAAUCGACUAAUCGACUGCUUCAGGAUUGUAGUUUUUGUAGUUCUAUUAACAAAAACUACAAAACACAUGACUUCUGGUAUUAUCGCGAGAUUUCAAAACCUCGCCGCUGAAUCGUCACUCCUCGCUCGCGACACUUUGAACCAAAACAAACCCAGAAAAAAAAGAAGCACGAGCGACAAACAGCGCGCGAGGAGCGGGAAAAUGUAGCGCGGGGGGGGCAGGAGAGGUGGCUCUGUGGCGGGAAGAUGUUUCCGUAAACAGGUGAGCUGUCAGGUGAACAGACAGGAAGUGUGUGUCGGUUGGACACACACCUGGACGCAGGGGGCGCCGUGAACCUUCAGACAUCCGGCCCGAGGGAAGGACGUGAUGACGUCAGCAAGGGGAAUAAUAACCAUCAUUAAGACGUCAUGAUGAACCUCUCCCGUGACCACGAGCCUCGCGGCAGUGACGUAUCUCACCGACACGCGACGAUCUUUGGCUGGAAACCGGAAGUAGCGUAGAGCCUGUGAGCACGUAACAUCCGGUUGCCCCGAGCGUCUCAUAAGUGGGUGAAAGGUGAAGAAGAAGAAGACGACCUGUCAUUGUUCCGCACCGAGCUGCACCGAACCGACACCGAGCCGACACCGAGCCAUGCUGCAGAACACAGGGAAGUUAGCCGGCUGCACGCUCUUCAUCACCGGCGGGAGUCGAGGGAUCGGGAAGGCCAUCGCCCUGAAAGCUGCCAGAGAUGGAGCCAACGUCGUCAUCGCUGCCAAGACCGCCGUGCCACACCCCAAACUACCAGGAACCAUCUACUCCGCCGCUCAGGAAGUGGAGGCGGCCGGCGGGAAAGCGUUGGCGUGUGUUGUCGACAUCCGUGACGAGCAGCAGAUCGGAGAAGCUGUUCAGAAAGCUGUCGACAAGUUUGGAGGAAUCGACAUCCUGGUGAACAAUGCCAGCGCCAUCAGUCUGACAGGAACUCUGGAGACGCCCAUGAAGAAGGUCGACCUGAUGCUGGGAAUCAACCUGAGAGGAACGUACCUGACGUCUAAGCUCGUCAUCCCUCACCUGCUGAAGAGUCGCAGUCCGCACAUCCUGAACCUGGCGCCGCCGCUCAACCUCAACCCCAUCUGGUUCAAGAACCACACAGCGUACACGAUGGCGAAGUACGGCAUGUCCAUGUGCGUCCUGGGAAUGUCCGAAGAGUUCAGAGGUCAAAUUGCGGUCAACGCCCUCUGGCCUAAGACCGCGAUCCAGACAGCAGCCAUGUCGAUGCUCGGCGGAGAGGACAUCGGGAAGCAGUGUCGUACCGCCGACAUCAUGGCAGACGCCGCCUACGCCAUCCUGUCCCAGCCGAAGGACUACACGGGUCACUUCCUGGUGGAUGAGGACGUCCUGAAGGAGCAGGGAGUCCACGACUUCGACCAGUACGCCGUCCAACCAGGUCAUCCCCUGCUGCCAGACUACUUCCUGGAUUCUGCACUCGAGAAAAUGCCCGAGCUACACGAGACGACAAAACCACCAACGGACACGCCUACUUCCAGUGGACCAAUAGGAAGCACUUUUGACGCCAUCAAAGGAGCCAUCAAUGAAGACGUUGUCAAGUCGACGCAGGGCAUUUAUCAGUUCAACCUAUCAGGAGAGCAUGAGGGCGUUUGGUUUCUGGACCUGAAGAGCGGUUCUGGCAGCACAGGUCAGGGCCAGCCGCCCGUCAAAGCUGACGUCGUCAUGACGAUGGACUCCACCGUCUUCAGCAAGAUGUUUGCAGGGAAGUUGAAGCCGACGCUGGCCUUCAUGUCGGGGAAGCUGCAGAUUCGCGGUGACAUGACGCUCGCCCUCAAACUGGAGAAACUCAUGAACCGCAUGAACAAGGCCAAACUGUGAGGCUGAAUCCACGCCCACAGACCACCUCAGGACACGCCCACUUCCUGUUCAUAGCUGUACAUGUUGCCUUAAUGAGAAUAUUAAUGAGCUCGUUAAUAAAAACCUGCCUUCAUAUUAAAC